GGGGAAGGACCGGAACUCCGGGCGGGCGGCUUGUUGAUAAUAUGGCGGCGGUGUCGCGAGGAGGCGGCGGGGCCCACACCCGGAAGAAGGGUCUCUCUUCGGGCUAGCGCGGCGGCCGCUGCGGACCCGGAAGUCCGGGUCGGUUGCUGAAUGAGGGGAGCCGGGCCCUCCCCGCACCAGUCCCCCCGCGCCCUCCGCCCCGACCCGGGCCCCGCCAUGUCCUUCUUCCGGCGGAAAGUGAAAGGCAAGGAACAAGACAAGACCUCCGAUGUCAAGUCAGUUAAAGCUUCAAUCUCCGUACAUUCCCCACAAAAAAGCACUAAAAAUCAUGCCUUGCUGGAGGCUGCAGGACCAAGUCACGUUGCAAUCAAUGCCAUUUCCGCCAACAUGGACUCCUUUUCAAGUAGCAGGACCGCGACACUUAAGAAACAGCCAAGCCACAUGGAGGCCGCUCAUUUUGGGGACCUGGGCAGAUCUUGUCUGGACUACCAGACUCAAGAGACCAAAUCAAGUCUUUCAAAGACCCUUGAACAAGUCCUGCGUGACACUGCUGUCCUCCCUUAUUUCAUUCAGUUCAUGGAACUUCGGAGAAUGGAGCAUUUAGUUAAAUUUUGGUUAGAAGCUGAGAGUUUUCACUCUACAACUUGGUCCCGAAUAAGAGCACACAGUCUGAACACAGUUAAGCAGAGCUCAUUGGCUGAGCCUGUCUCUCCAUCUAAAAAGCACGAAACAACAGCAGCUUUUGUCGCCGAGUCUCUUGACAAGCGAUUGGAGGAUUCUCGCUCAGCACCAUUGCCUCUGACUCCAUCGGAAGAGUCUGACUUGAACUCCAGAACUAGCAACACUCAGAAUCACUUGCUGCUCUCCCAGGAAUGUCACAGUGCUCCUCCUCUCCACCUGGAAAUGGCCAGAACCGGGGCUCGUCCAAGUUCCACAGACACCCAGGAGUCCUCCAGACUGACAGUAGCCAGUAGAAAUAGUCCCUCCUCUCCACUAAAGGAACUGUCUGGAAAAUUAAUGAAAAGUAUAGAACAAGAUGCAGUGAAUACUUUUACCAAAUAUAUCUCUCCAGAUGCUGCUAAGCCAAUACCCAUUACAGAAGCAAUGAGAAACGACAUCAUAGCAAAGAUCUGUGGAGAAGAUGGGCAGGUGGAUCCCAACUGUUUUGUUUUGGCGCAGUCCAUCGUCUUCAGUGCGAUGGAGCAAGAGCACUUUAGUGAAUUUCUCCGAAGUCACCAUUUCUGUAAAUACCAGAUUGAAGUGCUGACCAGUGGAGCUGUUUACCUGGCUGAUAUCCUCUUCUGUGAGUCAGCCCUCUUUUAUUUCUCUGAGUACAUGGAAAAAGAGGAUGCAGUGAAUAUCUUACAGUUCUGGUUGGCAGCUGAUAACUUCCAGUCUCAGCUUGCUGCCAAAAAGGGCCAGUAUGAUGGACAGGAAGCACAGAACGAUGCCAUGAUUUUAUACGACAAGUACUUCUCCCUCCAAGCCACACAUCCUCUUGGAUUCGAUGACGUUGUGCGAUUAGAAAUUGAAUCCAAUAUCUGCAGGGAAGGUGGGCCCCUGCCCAACUGUUUCACCACUCCGUUACGUCAGGCCUGGACGACCAUGGAGAAGGUCUUUUUACCUGGCUUUUUGUCCAGCAAUCUCUAUUAUAAAUAUUUGAAUGAUCUCAUCCAUUCGGUUCGCGGAGACGAGUUUCUGGGAGGGGGUGUGUCGCUGACUGCCCAUGGCCCCGGGGGCCCUCCUGAUGACGCUCACCCAGGUGGCUCCGACGGUUUGGCUUCUCAGUCCAGUGUGAAAAAAGCCAGUGUUAAAAUUCUGAAAAAUUUUGAUGAAGCGAUUAUUGUGGAUGCUGCAAGUCUGGAUCCAGAAUCUUUAUAUCAGCGGACAUACGCAGGGAAGAUGACGUUUGGAAGAGUGAGUGACUUGGGGCAGUUCAUCCGGGAGUCUGAGCCUGAACCUGAUGUAAAGAAAUCAAAAGGAUCCAUGUUCUCACAAGCUAUGAAGAAGUGGGUGCAAGGAAAUACUGAUGAGGCCCAGGAGGAGCUAGCCUGGAAGAUCGCUAAGAUGAUCGUCGGCGACGUGAUGCAGCAGGCGCAGCGCGGCCAGCCACAAGCGGAGUCCGCAGGGCUAUGACUCAAGACCUGAGAUAAAGGAAAUCAGCUUUUGGAGGAUAAGAGAACUUUUUCCCUUUGUUGGUUUCUUCAACACAGCCGAUGAAAACAGAGCACUGUAUUUCUUUUCACUGAUAAAAAUCACUGUUGUUCCCGAGAAAGAAUGGCAGACAGUCCCAGACCUCCACCUCAAGCAGAGCGGCACGUAGACACACCUGCUGCACACAGUGUUCACACAGUGAAAGUCAGAAGCAGACAAAGUGGUAUUGUUUACAUUACUAGAAAAUUACUAGUUUUCCAAUGGCAAUAACCCAUUUAUGGAAGAGUUCCAGUCUGGAACCAACAGGGACCAUGUGCUGUGCGAGGCAGAGGAGCGCAGAGCUGAGACCCGGUGCACGUCUGGUAACCCAUCCCUAACAGCAGCGUGAAGCAGGUAGCAGAGGUGCUUGGCCCAAGCAGGCGGGGGAGCUGGCCCCUCCGGGGGCCCGCGGUGCCGGGCGCCGGCCAGCAGCCUGCCUUCCUUCCGGUCGCGCGGGGCGAAGGCUUGUCCUGCGUCUCCCUGCACGGAGGCGGCAGUGUGGGAGGGGGCUGACGGGUCACGGGGCAAGUCUUGGUGACACUGGCCUUCUCUUUGGCGGCGGUGUAUGGUUUUCAUGUCGUAAUAGCUCCUGAGAUGCAGUGUGCUUAAAACCAGCCCCCCUGCCGCCAAAGGGCUGAGCGUCCUGAGCUCUGAGCUCUAGGGCUUGCUCCCCUGGGGUCCUGUCCUCCAAGCUCCUCCCCUUUCCCCAGUGCACGGGGAGGGACCAUCUGGCAAGGAUCACUCCACUCUUCCCCUUUGGUACCU